AUGACAACACCCAGAAAUUCAGUGAGUGGAACUUUCCCAGCAGAGCCUGUGAACGGCUCUAGUGACAUGUAUCCUGCUCAGAAAAUAACUCCCUGGAAGAUGUCUUCAUUGGUGGGCCCCACACAACACUUCUUCAUCAGGGAAUCUAAGGCUUUGGGGGCUGUCCAGAUCAUGAACGGGCUCUUCCACUUUGCCCUGGGGGGUCUCUUGAUGAUCCCUGUAGGGAUCUAUGCACCUAUCUGUAUAGCAGUCUGGUACCCUUUCUGGGGAGGCACUAUGUUUAUCAGUUCUGGAUCACUCCUGGCAGCAGUGGAGAAAAAUUCCAGGAAUAUUUUGGUCAAAGGGAAAAUGGUAAUGAACUCACUGAGCCUCUUCACUGCCAUUUCUGGAAUAAUUCUUUUGAUCAUGGACAUAUUUAAUAUCACACUCUCCCAUUUUUUUAAAAUGGAGAGUCUGUAUCUUGUUAAAGAUGCUGAACCACAUAUUAAUAUAUACAACUGUGAACCAGCCAAGACCUCUGAGAAAAACUCUCCAUCUACCCAAUACUGCUACAGCAUGAGAUCUGUGUUCUUGGGCAUCUUUGCAGUGAUGCUGGUCUUCUCCUUCUUCCAGAAGCUUGUGGCAGCUGGCAUCGCCGAGAAUGACUGGAAACAACUGUGCUCCAAACCCAAAGGUGUAAGUUAG